GGCCUUUAGAUCCAUUUAUAGGAACAAAAACGAAUUAAUUAAACAAAAAUAGAAACUAAAUAGAACUCAAGUGGAUCUGUAAAAGAAUGAGGGGCCGUUUUAACACAACUGACCUUUCGGUAAUACUCAUAAAAUGAAACAAGCAAGAAUAAGAAAUAACCUCUACGUGUACUCACGAGGCAAAAGUUUCGUUUGGAGGAGACAUAUGGUCGCUGAGCUGCUAAGACAACACUGAGAUCAGUUUUAAAGACACUAGUACAGAACACGACUUUUUGAAUCUGACAGAAGCUGUCCUACCUCCUUGAAAUGGCCGCAGAAAUACCCCAAGUCCCUUCGCUGGUAUCAGAAGCCAAAGAUGCUUUCAAGUCAGCAUUUGGCAGUGAACCAGAUAUUGCCGUGUCAGCCCCAGGGAGAGUGAACAUCAUUGGAGAACACACAGACUACAAUGAUGGUUUUGUUUUUCCAAUGCUUGCAGGCAAAGGCUCUCGCAUGCCAGAAGGCGGAGCACGACUUUGCCAACAUGCCGUGCGGGAUUAUGGAUCAGUUCAUCUCAACGAUGGGGAAAGCAGGCUGUGCUCUACUGAUCGACUGCAGGUCACUUGAAUCCAGUCUGGUACCACUGGACGACCCUUCUGUGACCUUUGUGAUCACCAACUCCAAUGUCAGACACACACUAUCUGGCUCUGAAUACCCCACACGCCGUCGGCAGUGCUACGAAGCUGCAGCUGCACUUGGCAAAAAGAGUUUGCGUGAUGCCACUCUGGACGAUCUAGAGAAGUGCAGAUCAUCCCUGAGUGAGGAGGUGUAUUGCAGGGCAAAGCAUGUCAUAUCAGAGAUUCAGCGCACAUCAGAGGCUGUCACUGUGCUCAAAAAGGCAGAUUAUGCAACCUUCGGGAAGCUGAUGACAGAAUCACAUAAUUCUCUGAGAGACGACUACGAGGUGUCAUGCCCUGAGCUCGACCAGCUAGUUUCUUCUGCGCUGGAGGUGCCCGGGGUCUUCGGCUCCAGGAUGACAGGUGGAGGCUUCGGGGGAUGCACCGUCACACUGGUGAAACAAGAGAGUGUGGAAAGCCUUAUCUCUCACACAGUCCAGAAAUACAGUGGCAAGCCAACCUUCUAUGUGUGCUCACCAUCAGAAGGAUCACAGACACUUACACUGUAGUUAGUGUUGCGGGAAACCAUGUGAAACAGCCAAUUAAUGUAUAUUUCUUAUUUCGGGGGCAAAUAUUUUUUAACAUUACUAUCAUGCAAGUAUACAAUGCAGCAACUCAUCAUAGAAUACAUUUUGAAUAUAUUCAGAAAUGUGAA